CAAUCCUCCUUCACUCCCUCUACAUUUGUAUUCUAAUUGUAUGUUACAGCUUUAUGAAGUAGAAGGAUAUUGUGAAGCUCCAGUAAUGGGAAUUGAUCAUGUUUUCUACAUUAGUUGCAUAAAUUCUGGAAGGCGCCACUAGAUUGAAAUUCCAGAUUUCUUUCCAUAUAAAUCCCUUUCUUUUUUCAGUUUUAUUUGGCAGGUUUUACCAUCUAAAUUUCCCGCUUCUCGAUCUCGUUUUUCAUGCCUAAUCUAUUUCCUGUUUUGUCCCCCUUUUUUUUUAGCAUAAAUACACAGGGGACUAGGCCUGUUUCAUAUCAUCUUCAUUUCUCUUACUCUUUCAUCUGUAUAUUAGCCUUUAGUUUCUGGUUUUAGAGUUUCCGUCCUUUGGUUCUUAAAACUCUUUUGUCAUAUUAAGGUAAAAGAGGAGAAGAUGGUUCAAAUGAUGAACAAGAUGGAGGAAAGUUCAAGAUGGUGGUGGUUUGAUAGUCACCACGACGGUUCAAAGCGCUCCCAAUGGCUUCAAUCCACUCUUUCUGAGCUGGACUCCAAGACCAAGGCAAUGCUAAAAUUGAUUGAGGAAGAUGCAGAUUCCUUUGCAAAGCGUGCAGAAAUGUAUUACAAGAAACGUCCCGAGUUGAUUAGCUUGGUUGAAGAUUUCUACCGAUCCCAUCGUUUACUCGCUGAGCGGUAUGAUCAAAUUAAGUUGGACCCUGGAAAUCGCCUUGUAACAACAUUGGGAUCCCCGUUUUCUUCCAUGAAGUACUGCCAUUCAGAGAAGGCGAUCAACUUGAUGGAUAAACUCUAUGAUAGCAGCUCCGAGACCUUUGAAUCUGAAGACUAUGCUGAAUCAGAAGUUGAUGACCCUGAACAUGAUGAAACUGGGGAGGAAGUUAAGGAUCCCAAGCAGGAAGACAAAUACGAAGCAGGUUUAGUAACUAAAGAAGGCCAUGUUGUGAAGGAAGAUGAAUCGUCAAAGGUGUUCGGCGAUGAAUUGAUGAAGUCAAGGGAAGAAAUAGAGAAACUGAAAGAAGAGAACAAGGUUCAGAAGGCUCAAUUAAUUCAGAAAGAUGAAGAGAAGAAAGAGGUGAUUAGACAACUCAGUUAUGCUGUCCAAGCGCUCAAGGAUGAGAACAUGGAGCUGAAGAAGAAUAUGGUUAAAAGACCAUCCCCCAGUAAAUGGAGUCCCUUUGAAUUCAACAAAAUAAAGGGAGGACUAUUUGGGAUGUUGUUGAAUGGAUCCCCAUUGUCUCGUUCUACUAUCAUUGCCCUGUAGUUUUAGUUAGGUUGCAUUAAGGUAAGUAGCAUAUACAUAUACAUAUAGGAAAAGAGAGCAGUUCAAAUUAGGAACUUGGAAGAAUUGUUAUACAUGUGUUACCUUCUGAGAAAAUUUAUCAGUGUUUGCUAUUCUUUCGUUCAAUUGUUUCAUUUGUGUACUUGUUUUCCCUUGUUGCUAUUUCUUUUUUUGUUUUUCCUUAUUGUAACAGAAGUAACUUAAUGUAGUCUUUGUGCUAAUAAUAUAAGCACUCUUUUGUACCAAA